GUCUGUCUGGCUGCCAUCUGCUUACGACCACCGCGUCGACAUCCGCCCCCAACAACACCCUAUUCGAUGAAGGAAGCUUCCAGUCCGCAGCCCAAAUCGCAUGGCGGCACUCAUCGCUCGUCGAGACGACCGGAUUCCAACCCGUUCCCCGUAAGCGGCCCCUCGUCCGGCCUUCAACCUACCAAAACCAGCAAUGGCAGCCCAGCUGCUGCAUCCCUCAAUGGGGCGCCCGGCGACGUCGGCCCCGGGCUCGCCUCUGCCCAGUCGGCACCGGCCACGGGCACACACGAUCGCAGCAGUGGCCGCCCCGUCAGUACACCGCCGGUUGCACGAUCGGGGUCUGUCAUAGGGGCGGACGCGGAAACGCAGAGUAAAGAUCAGAAUGAAAAGAAACCCAUCCUGGAGCGCUUCUGGGUCACGGUCAAGUCCAUCUUGGUCUCGUCCAAGAUCAAUGUCCUGCUUGUCUUCGUGCCUGUCGGCAUCGCCGUCGCCCAGUUUCACAACUUGUCGCCCGCCAUCAUCUUCGCCAUGAACGCGGUCGCCAUUGUCCCGCUGGCCGGUUUGCUGAGUUUCGCCACCGAAUCGGUGGCCCAUCGCCUCGGAGACUCGCUCGGUGCGCUCCUCAACGUCACGUUUGGCAACGCCGUAGAGUUGAUCAUCUUUAGCAUUGCCCUUGUCAAGAACGAAAUCCGCAUCGUCCAGGCCUCGCUCCUCGGCUCCAUCCUGGCCAACCUGUUGCUCAUCCUGGGCAUGUCCUUCUUCCUCGGUGGCUUGCGGUUCCGUGAACAGAUCUACAACAGCACCGUGACCCAAAUGAGCGCCUGUCUGCUGAGUUUGAGCGUCAUCAGUCUUGUCCUGCCGACCGCGUUUCACGCAUCGUUUCGCAACAACGACCUUGCCGAUAGGCAGUCCCUCAAGGUCAGCCGUGGCACGAGCGUGAUUCUUCUGCUGGUGUAUAUCCUCUACCUGCUUUUCCAGCUGAUUUCACACUCGUACCUCUACGAGUCGACGCCCCAGCACAUCAUUGAUGAGGAAGCAACGCCUGGCCCGGCGGCCAACUGGCUCGACUCGUCCAGCUCCGAUAGCAGCUCAUCGGGCGACUCGGACUCGUCAGACUCGGACCACUCCCGGAACACCAUGUCGAAACGGAUGCGGCGGGUAAUGCAUCGCCGACGCCGGUCGAGCGCCGUCUCGUCCGAGACUGGCGAGCUUAGCCACGCCUCUCCCACCACACCUUCAGUGGAUGAUCCCAACGCGGAGGAUGCCUCCUCUCACCCUCGUGUACUUCACCAGCAGUCGAGCAGCGGCGCCAGCGAGGAGACUGAGGACCGGAGGGGCCAUGGGAAGCGUCAUCGCCGUCGGUUGCCGAGACGGAAGCAUCGCAAGCACAGGCACAGGCACAUAUCCGAAAGCCCCGAGGCUGUGGUCGAGGAGAACAAUAAUGCUGCGGCCUCGGCUCAUGAACCCCGCCGGAUCGACUUUGCGCCGGAUACGACCAUUCAGCAGCAGACCACACCCGGAGAGCCGCGCACCCGAAGCCCCCUCCAAGGCCUGCGCAGCAUGUCUUUUCGGCCUGUCGUUAGCAGCCUCGCGCCGUCCGUCUUCACGCAGCCCCCGGAGACCAGCAUGCCAGCCAUCCCUGCCGGACCGGUCCCUCGCGUACGCUACGGCAUCCGCAGGACCAAUUCUCUCCCCGACCGGCUGAACCAGUAUUAUCGCCCUCCCGGCGCCAUGAUGCCCUCGCAGAUCCCGCUGGCGCAUCGUCCCAUGGUGGCCAUCACGGAGGAGAAGCAUGCGGUCCACAUGUCGCGUACGGCGGCCGUGAUCUUGCUCCUCGCCUCCACCGCCCUGGUCGCCGUGUGCGCCGAGUUCAUGGUCGACUCGAUCAAUGGGUUGGUCGAGACGAGCAACGUCAACGAGGUUUUUAUCGGUCUCAUUAUCUUGCCCAUUGUCGGCAACGCGGCCGAGCACGUCACAGCCAUCACGGUGGCCAUGAAGAACAAGAUGGAUCUCUCGAUUGGCGUCGCCGUCGGCAGCUCGAUUCAGAUUGCCCUCUUUAUCACGCCGUUGGUGGUCAUCAUCGGCUGGGCCAUGAACCGCGAGAUGUCGCUCUACUUCACCCUGUUUGAGACGGUCUGCCUGUUUGUGUCGACAUUUAUCACCAACUUUUUGGUGCUCGACGGCAGGAGUAACUACCUGGAGGGCGCUCUCCUGAUGUCGACGUAUGUCAUCAUAGCCGUGGCCUCCUUCUUCUAUCCGGAGGUGAAAGAUGCCAGCGCUUGGGGCGCUUAGUCACAGACCAAUCCGUUGCGGUAGGGCUUCAGAGGGGCAGAAUCUGCCAGUGCUAGGUACCUUAUUUAGCUAUUUUCGUCCAGCGGGACGUGAAUAGUAGAUAUUCUUGUUUGCUGGCGUCGAUCCAAAUACAAUUUCUCUCGGG